AAACCGGAAGGUAUGUGGGCAGAAACUAACUCCUGUCCGGGUUGACCGUAACUCCUGCCGGCUGCUUCUACCCUUCGCUUAAAACUACCUUGCCAAACGAAACUAUUUUAGUUCGUUUGCACGAAAUUGGAAGUGGGAAAUGCGAUGCGUAUUAGUUUGACGUAAAACAAAUCUGAUAUAAGGUUAACUCUGAUGUGGGUCUUUCAGAGGGGGAAGGAUGCAGCAGAAGAGAAACAUCCCAAUCAUAGAAUGGGAGGAUCUGGACAAAAGAAAAUUCUACUCCUUUGGGGUGUUCAUGACUAUGUCCAUCCGGGCCACUGUCUACCCUGCCACACUCAUCCGUACCCGGCUGCAGGUCCAGAAGGGCAAAUCCCUUUACAGUGGCACCUUCGACGCCUUCUUUAAGAUUCUCAAAAGAGAAGGUGUGCGGGGUCUGUAUCGUGGCUUCAUGGUCAACUCCUUCACACUGAUCUCAGGCCAGGCCUACAUCACCACCUACGAACUGGUGAGGAAGUACGUCUCUAACUAUUCCAGUGACAACACGUUGAAGUCAUUGGUCGCCGGCGGCUCGGCCUCCCUGGUGGCGCAGAGCAUCACUGUGCCAAUAGACGUGGUCUCCCAGCAGCUGAUGAUGCAGGGCCAGGAGGGGCACCCCACCCGCUUCCAGCUGGAGGCCAAGGUUCGGGAGGGCAUGUCCAAGAGGAUGUUUGGCCAAACCAGGGACAUCAUCUCACAGAUUUUUGCUGCUGAUGGAUUCCGGGGCUUCUACAGGGGAUACGUGGCUUCCCUGCUCACUUACAUCCCAAAUAGUGCUGUCUGGUGGCCUUUUUACCAUUUUUAUGCUGAACAGCUUUCCAAGUGGGCCCCCACCGACUGCCCUCACCUACUACUGCAGGCCGUGGCUGGGCCACUAGCUGCUGCCACUGCCUCUACUGUCACCAACCCAAUGGAUGUGGUCAGAGCCAGAGUGCAGGUGGAAGGCAGGUCAUCCAUCGUGGAGACCUUCAAACAGCUGAUCGCAGAGGAGGGCGCUUGGGGGAUGUCCAAAGGGCUCUCGGCCCGAAUCAUUUCCUCGGCGCCCACCGCUAUUGUGAUGGUGGUGGGCUACGAGACGCUAAAGAAAGUGAGCCUACGUCCCGAGCUGGUGGACUCAAGACACUGGUAGAACCCACGCAGGACCCCACAUGGUUGUAGUCUGCGCCCGAUCCAGGGCCCACUGCCCUGUUUAAAACACUCUACAUCUGAUCAACCUCAAUGGAGAUGAGGAACACUGGAUGAUGUCCACAUUGGGACCAACAUGAUUCCUCUGUCUUUGUAAAUGGAGGAUAUGGAUGGGCAUUUGAUUUUGUAGUAGGUAGAUAAGAGGACUGUUUUUAUGAAGGUGUGUGCAAUAUGGAACCUUGUGUACCCAUUUUUCCCUCCAAACUUGCCUGUAAAAUGUGCUAACUUCUAGUUGUUCACAACAUUUUUUAAAUGAUAAUCCAGGUUCAGACCCUCUCUUAGCCUGUUUUUUCUCUUGGUUUUUUUUAGCCUGUUUUACAAGUGCUAAGCUAACAAACAUAUUGGACACUGAAUGAUAUCCAAUGCUUGGCCACCAAUUCUUUAAUAAUUGUUAUGAACAGAAGGGAAGCAACCAAACACAUUAAUUUAUUUAUUUAAAAUGUUUACCAUUAGGAGAUGUAGAAUACUUUGUUUGGUUGUUUUCUACCUCAUAGCAUGCUAGCUCAGGGACAAUUUCAAAAUUGUGCAGAGAAAAAGGCCUGCUUGUAGAAGGUGUGUUUUGUGUGCCAUUUGAUUACCUGACUAAAAGUGGUUAUAUUAAAGUGUUUUUUUUGUUGGUAUACUGGUCCACCAGCCAACUUGGUGUGAGGGUAGAAUAUUAUUCACAUUCACUGGAAACUAUGCUCUUUACCUUUACUGACGCAGUAAAUCAUUGUGCAAUCUUACCAUGUUUGAAUUAUAUUUCAGCAUAAAAUUUGAUUGUACAGUUGAUAAUGGCUAUGUGUUAAGUUAUUGUAAAGGAGGGGAUUAAGUUAACACUAAUUAUUUUAGUUUUUGUCUAUUCAUGAUUUACCAUGAAAUAUAUGUGAUUGGAUCAAAUUAUAUUGAAUUACUUUGUUAUCAACGUUUUUUGAGGUUUUGGGCCUCUGUAGAGAAGACAUGGCUGUAAGCAACGUGUUGCAUUCAGCAGGAAGCAUCCUCAUCCUCACAUUUAAAUGGGAAAGAUGUAUAUUCAUCAUGAUUGACUAACAAAUACGGCUGUUGUCAAAUGUAGCAAAAUAUGCAAAUGAGCUAAUAUUCCAAUCAAAUAGAAAAUGACAGGCUGUUCAAAUGACAAUAUUGAAAAGGAAAUCAUACUUUUUAGCUCCUUAAUAUCAACCAUUCCUCAUUCAAUGGAAAUUUUCCUAUGUAAUUUUAUUUGCAUUAAUGUGACUUGUGCCGAACACUUUUUUGUUGUUAAUAAAAUAUCUCAAAUGGUAACUUGA